GAUUCUUUCCUUCCUUCGUUUCUGUGCGCCGGCCGGCUACCAUAUCGCCACGUACACAUCACAUAUUGUGUUUCCACCGGUACCGUCUGAGGGGGAAGGGAUAGAGAUGGAAGCCGACGAAAACGUCCAUAAACCCUCGGUGGAGAAGCACGACAAUGGCGCUCACGUUAUCAAGCGGACUAGGGCGGAACUCGUCCCGAAACACGAGCGCGAAAGGCAACGGCUGAUGAAGGAGGCCCAGAGAGACUACGGCCGAGGACGCAAGGUCAAUGUUAAGAGCGUCAAGGACAAGAAAUUGCGAAGUAAUAUGAAGGCUCUAGAAAAUAAAUACAAGGAGGCUACGGUGAAGGCGAAAGAUGCCGAGAUUCUACUUGAGAACACCAGCGGUUUCUUAGAGCCCGAAAAUGAGAUGGAAAGGACUUAUAAAGUUACCCAGGAGCAAAUACAGGCGCAGGUAUCCAUCGAAACAGCGAAGAAGAGAUUCGACCUGAAGCUUGAUCAGCUCGGCCCGUACAUCUUCGAGUAUUCCCGGACUGGUCGAGAAUUGCUCCUGGCGGGGCGGAGAGGCCAUGUCGCCACUAUGGAUUGGCGUCAGGGCAAAUUGGGAUGCGAAUUACAGCUGGGCGAAACCGUGCGAGACGUGCGAUGGUUGCACAACAACCAGUAUUUCGCCGUGGCACAGAAGAGGCACGUCUACAUAUAUGACCACAAUGGCGUCGAACUGCAUUGCUUGAGGAAGCAUCAAGAGGUUACACAUAUGGAAUACCUGCCGUAUCACUUUCUAUUGGCGACCUUGAGUAUGAACGGUUUCCUCAAGUAUCAGGAUACCUCGACUGGGCAGCUCGUCGCGGAAAUGCCGACGAGACUUGGAGCCCCAGUUUCUCUCACACAAAAUCCUCAUAACGCCGUCUUGCACGUGGGACACCAUAACGGAACCGUUACAUUGUGGUCUCCUAACUCCGCAGAGCCGCUGGUGAAGCUCCUUGCGCACAGAGGGCCCGUCCGAUCCCUAGCGGUCGAUAGGGAAGGCAGGUAUAUGGUGUCGGCAGGACAAGAUUGUAGGAUGGCUGUGUGGGAUAUUAGAAUGUUCAAAGAAGUCAACAACUACUUUACGCGACAGCCAGCCUCAUCCAUCGCAAUAUCAGAUCGAGGCCUGACUGCCGUUGGAUGGGGGACGAAGACGCAGAUUUGGAAAGGUCUCUACUCUAAGCACAGCGUCGAGCAGGAGAAGGUCCAAAGCCCGUACAUGCAAUGGGGCAACCAAGAAAAGCGCAUUGAACGUGUUCGCUGGUGCCCGUUUGAGGACACGCUAGGUAUCGGCCACGACAAAGGGUUCUCGUCGAUCAUCGUCCCUGGCGCUGGAGAGCCUAACUUUGAUGCUCUCGAAGUCAAUCCGUUUGAGACCCCUAAACAGCGGCGAGAGACCGAAGUCAAGUCGCUGUUAACCAAGCUCCAGCCCGAGAUGAUUGCUCUGGACCCUAACUUUAUCGGGAAUCUCGAUCUCCGUUCCGAGAAGCAGCGCCAAGCCGAGAAAGACCUUGAUGCUAAACCUGUCGACAUCGGGGCAGAAAUCAGGAAGAAGGCUCGCGGAAAGAAUGGCGCUCUCCAGAGAUACUUGAGAAAACAGAAGGCUAGGAAUAUCAUUGACGAGAAGCGACUCAGGGUUGAAGAGGUGUGGAAGGAGCAGCUGCAAGAACGGCGGCAGAAACAUAAGGAGGAGGAGGAGGAGCUUGGACCGGCUCUGGCUAGAUUUGCGAAGAAGGAAUAACCUGACCCUGGCGUCUCGAUGGCUCUGGUGGGACGUGUCCAUUCCGAGACAUGGAAAUGAUAUCCACAUAGGUAUAGGUGUGUAUCCGUAGACGGAGGGACAGAGGGAGGGAGGGGAGUAGAGGUAAUUACUUUGGCUUAUACCCAUGGAUAUGCUGUCGGACUUGGUAAAUGC